AUUUAUUUCGAUAACACUGCUGUGGACAAGGAGUUGAACAUGAAUCUACCUGAUCUGCUAAGUCGUGUGAUUAGCUUUACAAAUGGUUCGAAAAUGUAUUUGUGCUUUUCAAAGCGAUGUCGGAAGCAACUUUGCUUUGAGGGUCAUCUGUACAACAUUGACGGAUUUGUUAAGCCAACAAAUUGGAACCUUUGGCGCUGUGCGAACCCAUCCUGCAGUGGGGCUAUUCGGACAUCUCCUAAUAUAACAGAGUUGCGAGUGCGAGAACCUCAUAGCCAUUUAUGUCGCCCAGAAGACAUCCAGAUCAGAUUGCGGAUUACUGUUUACGACCUCAGAUUAAUGGCAGAGUUCACCGAUCUUCCCCUUGACGUACUUUAUCAUGCAUAUCUGGACAAGGUAAUGGAUGAACACACAGAUAUCGUACAUCUUUUCCCAUCGUUUGAAACUCUCAAAGCAAAUCUGGAAGAGCAUCGCAAUCAUCUUGUGUGUUUGUAUUCUAUGAUUCCUACCCACACAACAACAUUUAACCAUAGUGAACAUAUUACGACAUACCUGAGAUUCCGUCACAAGAUCAGCUUCUUGAGCACAUAUUUUUCGAUCACAACAGGAAAACUGCUCUCACAAAUCGAUUCACCUUUGAUGAUCCAGGCUUGUUCGAAGUACAAUAUUGUUCUUUUUUAUCUAGUAAAUCUAUGGCAGUGGAUUCGUGAACUGCAAUAUCACAGUAAAUAUCGCUUGAAGAAAAUGUGUCUUCAUGAUGAACAUAUGUACUAUCUGUGCCAAAAUGACGUACGUCACUUCAAGUCGAACCACAUUCGUUCUGCUAUUCCCGACAUGCAUUGCACAGCAUUCGUGCGCGUUCACGAUUGGCGACUCAUUAUUCAACGCGAAGUCAAUGAAGUUGUUGUGGACUAUUGUCUAGAGCAUAUUUUUCACAAUGGUAUGUGUCUCUUUGUUGGGUGCUGUGUAUUUUUCAUUAUGGUGUUUAUAAGGGAUUUGGAGGCUAGACGUGAACGUACUCAACAGCUUAUUCAGGAUAAGGGAUUGCAGCGAAUAAAGCGCCGAAACCAAGCACCGUCAAUUUGUAAGCUCAUUCUUAACAUGUAG